AUUGGAUAUUAGCUAUGACCUAGAGAAAGCUCAGCAAAUUUAUGAAAUGUUGAGAUCUGGACUGAAUAUUUGCAAACGCGUUAGUCUAAGUUCCGUCAGGUUAUCUAGCAGUGAUGUCAUCAAAAAGACACAUCUUUACAAUUUUCACGUCUCACAAAAUGCCAAAAUGAUCGAAUUUAGUAAUUACAAAAUGCCUCUGCAAUAUGGAGACCAGAGUAUUAUUGACAGUCAUCAACAUGUUCGCCAGCAUUGUGGUCUUUUUGAUGUUUCUCAUAUGCUACAAAUGAAAAUUUUAGGAGAUGAUAGAAUUAGUUUCAUGGAGUCACUCACUACCGCUGAUAUUGAAGGUUUAUCUGACUCAUCCUCAACUCUUUCUGUAUAUUUGCUAAAUAACGGUUGUAUAAUGGAUGACACUAUUAUAACAAAGUGCAAGGAACCCUACCUGUAUGUCGUUUCAAAUGCUGCUUGCGCACAAAAAAUUCAAGCUCACGUUACAAAAAUGAUGAGUGUAGCGAUCAAAUGUGGAAAAAAGUUGGAUUUAAAAAUAAUGAACUAUGCUCUUCUCGCACUCCAAGGACCGGAAGCGAGUUCAGUUCUUCGUCCAGGUAUUUCACCCGCUGAUAUACGCACCUUCGAAGAUCUUUACUUUAUGGAAAGUAUGCUGCUGGAGUCCCUUUUUGAUUUAAAUGUUCCUGGUAGUGAAAUUCGUUUGACACGAUGUGGAUAUACGGGCGAAGAUGGUUACGAGAUAAGCAUUCCACCUAAAAUAGCUAUUCCAAUUGCUGAAAUUUUAGUGCAGCAUUCUUCUGUUAAACCUAUUGGAUUAGCUGCUCGAGAUACCUUGAGAUUAGAAGCUGGUUUGUGUUUGUACGGAAAUGAUAUAUCUGAAGCAAUAACUCCUGUCGAAGCUUCACUAUCUUGGCUUAUUCACAAACAAAGGCGGUUGGGUAGAGAGCCGAAAUUUCCAGGAUAUUCAAUUAUAAGCAAUCAACUAAAGAAUCAAAGUGAGGUGAAACAAAAAAGAAUUGGAAUGAUAUCUCAAUCAGGUCCACCGGCGAGACAUGGCGCGAAAAUAUUUGAUGAGUCAAAGAAAAUAGAAAUCGGUAUUGUAACAAGUGGUUGUUUAUCGCCUACAUUAAAUAAAAAUAUUGCAAUGGCUUAUGUGAAAUCAGAUUAUUGUCAACUUGAUCAGCAAUUAUUUAUUCAAAUACGUGAAAAAUUCUAUCCAUAUACAGUUACAAAAAUGCCUUUUGUUCCUAAUAAAUAUGCCAGACGACCUUCAAAAUGAUAUUUCCUCUCUGUUUCUGUUGCUGAGCCUGGUUUAGGCUAUUGAAUUAAAGUUGUUUUUUAAAGCGUCUUGUUUGUCGAAUGUUCAAUGUUGCUGUAUGGAAAAUAGGAUUUUAACUGAUUACUGUUUCCUAAAAGUAAAAAUUCAUUAGAAUUCAAUCUAUUAUUCUUUAGUUUAUAUGUAAAAUUAUCAGGGAUAAUAUGUAGCAAUGUACUUUUAUUGUGA